UUACAUCUCACAAUACACAGCCAAAAAUACUCUCUCUGAAACCUCUUCUCAUUUAGGGUUUUAUCUCAAACGCCUCCAAAAUUCCUUGCUUUUGGUUUCGUUGAUCACGAACAAUGGCUGAUGAGAUUGUACCUCCGGCGAGUCAAUUAGCCGCAGUAUCCUUGGGUAACGAUGGAUCCACGGUGCAAAAAGCUCAAUUUUCUAACCGGGUUUUGAUUCGAACCAUUUUGGAUCGACCUGACGGCGGAGCUAAACUCGCCGGUCAGAAGAUUCGUAUCGGUGGUUGGGUUAAAACCGGAAGAGAGCAAGGGAAAGGAGCUUUCGCUUUCCUUGAGGUUAACGAUGGAUCUUGCCCAGCGAAUCUUCAGGUUAUGGUGGAUUCGUCUUUAUAUGAUCUCUCCAAAUUGGUUGCGACGGGAACUUGUGUUACUGUUGAUGGAGUUUUGAAGGUUCCACCGGAAGGUAAAGGUACGAAGCAGAAGAUUGAGCUUAGCGUUGUGAAGGUGAUUGAUGUUGGAAUUGUGGAUGCGACUAAGUAUCCACUUCCUAAGACUAAGUUGACUCUUGAGUUUUUGAGAGAUGUGCUUCAUCUUCGUUCUAGGACUAAUUCGAUCUCUGCAGUUGCCAGAAUCCGUAAUGCGCUUGCAUUUGCGACACACAGUUUCUUUCAAGAACAUAGUUUCCUUUACAUUCACACUCCUAUCAUUACAACAAGUGAUUGUGAAGGAGCUGGUGAAAUGUUCCAAGCAACAACCUUGAUCAAUUACAUUGAGAAGUUGGAGCAGGAUCUCAUUGAUAACCCUCCGCCUACUGAGGCUGAUGUUGAAGCUGCGAGGCUCAUUGUUAAGGAGAGAGGUGAUGUUGUAGCGAAACUGAAAGCUGCCAAAGCAAGCAAGGAAGAGAUCACUGCUGCUGUUGCUGAACUUAAAAUAGCAAAGGAGAGUUUUGCUCAUAUUGAAGAGAGGUCAAAGCUUAAGCCUGGACUACCUAAAAAAGAUGGAAACGUUGAUUAUUCCAAGGAUUUCUUUGGCCGUCAAGCUUUCUUGACAGUUUCGGGGCAAUUACAAGUGGAGACCUAUGCUUGUGCUCUUAGCAGUGUGUAUACAUUUGGCCCAACUUUCCGGGCAGAGAACUCUCACACUUCAAGGCAUCUAGCUGAAUUCUGGAUGGUUGAGCCGGAAAUUGCUUUUGCAGAUCUAGAGGACGACAUGAACUGUGCAGAGGCGUUUGUGAAAUACAUGUGCAAGUGGUUGCUUGAGAAAUGUUACGAUGACAUGGAACUUAUGGCUAAGAAUUUCGACUCAGGAUGCAUUGACAGGCUAAAAUUGGUUGAAUCAACUCCGUUUGGGCGUAUAACAUACACUGAAGCAAUAAAGCUACUUGAGGAAGCUGUGGCUAAGGGAAAGGAAUUUGAUAAUAACGUUGAGUGGGGAAUUGACUUAGCCUCGGAGCAUGAAAGAUACUUGACAGAGGUUUUGUUUCAAAAGCCACUUAUUGUCUAUAACUACCCGAAAGGAAUCAAAGCUUUUUACAUGAGACUUAACGACGAUGAGAAGACUGUUGCAGCCAUGGAUGUCCUCGUUCCAAAGGUUGGAGAACUCAUUGGUGGAAGCCAAAGGGAAGAACGAUAUGAUGUCAUCAAAAAGAGGAUUGAGGAGAUGGGUCUACCAAUAGAGCCAUAUGAGUGGUACCUAGACUUGCGCCGUUAUGGAACAGUGAAGCAUUGUGGAUUUGGACUUGGCUUCGAACGUAUGAUUCUGUUCGCUACAGGAAUUGAUAAUAUCAGAGAUGUUAUUCCUUUCCCUCGCUAUCCUGGAAAAGCUGAUCUUUGAUUCCUCUUCUUCACACCAUUUACAAACACAAUUUCGAUUGUUUUUUUAUUAGCUGGUCUGGUUUUGAUAACCGACUUGGUUUUAGUUUACUUUUAAAGUUGGUUAAAUGAAAAUUGUAUGGUUUU